UUUUCACAAUUUUCAGUAUCAUUUGUAACGCUGCUUUUGUUCGGAAACAGAAUUUGAAAAAUAUCAUAAACAAAUUUAGCACAAGUAUAGAAUUGCUAAUGGCUUCCGACGAAGUGAAGGAAAAUGAUGAAGUUAAAGAAUCGACUGAAACCAAUACUGGGGAACCACGACCACCGCCGCCGGGAGUAUUGUCGUCACCUAUAAUCGAUUUAGAAGUGCCGUCAAAUGUUGCAUUAAAUUCAUUAGGUGCAAGUGAAGAAUCUGAUGACGAUAAGGAUGAAACAGGGAGUGUGGUGAGCACCGCUACGACUACCACAUCUCGUAGUAAAUCGCCUGGGAAUAGAAAAACUUUAAAAUCGCGUAAAAAGGCGAAGAAAAUAGUUAAGCCACUCUACAAAUACACAUGUCAUCUGCGCGAGGACCAUGGCCAGCCGCUAUUCGGUGCACAGUUUAAUCAAAAUCUUAAUAAAGAACAAGCCAUUUUUGCGUCUGUGGGGAAGGAUCGUAUUUCUAUUUACGAGUGCCCCCAUGAAAGCAACAGUACCGAACAUGAAGUAAUUGGAAUAAAGCUGCUUCAAUGCUAUGCGGAUCCUGACCCUGACGAAAACUUUUACACCUGUGCUUGGUCUUACGAUCCCGAGAAUGGCGACCCAAUACUCGCUGCUGCCGGUUAUCGCGGUGUUAUACGCAUUUUCAACCCCUCCAAGCACCUUUGCACUAAACAUUACAUUGGUCAUGGCCAUGCGAUCAAUGAACUAAAAUUCCACCCCAAACUGCCUCAAAUGCUGCUAUCCGGCAGCAAGGAUCACUCGUUGCGUCUCUGGAAUAUUCAAACAGAUGUGUGUGUGGCCAUAUUUGGUGGAGUGGAAGGACAUCGGGAUGAAGUGCUAUCACUUGAUUUCGAUUUGCAGGGUGAUCGUAUUAUGUCCAGUGGCAUGGACCAUUCGUUGAAAUUAUGGCGUCUGGACAAGCCUGCUAUUAAGGAUGCUAUUGAAAACAGUUGCUCAUUUAAUACAAGCAAAAAUGCAACGCCUUUCCCCACAAUUAAAGAACAUUUCCCCGACUUUUCUACACGCGACAUACAUCGUAAUUACGUAGAUUGUGUGCAAUGGUUUGGAGACUUUGUGCUUUCAAAAUCGUGUGAGAACUCAAUUGUUUGUUGGAAGCCUGGUAAGCUUGAACAGACCGAUGUGAAAGCCCAGGAUUCUACCACCACGAUCAUACAUCAUUUUGAUUACAAGGAAUGUGAAAUUUGGUUUGUACGUUUUGCUUUCAACUUCUGGCAAAAGGUUUUGGCGUUGGGAAAUCAACAGGGAAAAACGUAUGUGUGGGAAUUGGAUAACUCAGAUCCAAAUUUAACUAAAUGCAGCACAUUAGUACAUCCCAAGUGUACCAGUGCAAUAAGGCAGACGUCAUUUUCCAAGGAUGGUGCUAUUUUAAUAUGUGUUUGUGAUGAUGGUACAAUUUGGCGCUGGGAUCGUGCAAAUUAGACAUUUUACUCAAUCAUGACAAUAUAUCUAUGUUGUUGUUGUAGCAGCGCAUUCAUACCCAAUACGUGUGCGGGGAAUGCUGCUGGAGUGACAGUCCUUCAACGGAUAUAUAUCCGGGUCGUUUCGGUAGCGUAUAACCGACUGUCCUGGGAACUUCAAUAUUCCUAUAUUUAUAGACGGCUUUUCUAGAACCUGUGAACACACAUACAUAUGUGUAU